AUGCCAAUGAAUGUCCUCCCAGAGAAUAUUCCGGGCAUCCUGUCCGGGGGGGAGGUGUUGAAGAGGGCGUUGCACAAUAAAACAAACACCCCAUCAAGGGAGGAGUCUGUCAUAGAAGAGGAAGAAGAGGAAGAAAACGAUGAUGUAGAGCAGGAUAAUCAACAAAAUAAUGGUACUCAUCCAGAACACGUUACGAAAAGUGCGCCAAUUGACGGUAGCUACACGGUAGAUGGUGAAGAAAAUCGGGACGCUCAUUCACAGGAUGAGGCGACGUUAAAGAAUCUUUCCUUCCAAGGCAUACCAAACUCCGUCUUGAGAAGAAGAACGACACAGUUUGAUAAACCAGCGUCUGCCCCCACUACACCCACCUUAUUCAAGAAGGGAUUCCAUGUUGGCGAUACUGCCGCAAACAAGGUUGUACCUCAGCAUAUCGAGACCGAGUCACCAAGGGCAAGCAUCGAGGGCCACCCGAGAUUAGACCCUGCUGAAUUUGAUCCCAGAGUUCUACGGAGUAGAAAUACAGCACCAUUACCUUCGGGUAGGUGGCGGAGACCAUCCUUUUUAGGCACGCCCGCAAGCUCGCGCCGUUCACCCUCGCAGUCGCAAUUGCUGUUUGGUGGGUGGACCAAAGAAUUUGGGAAUCAAUUCCGAAAGAUCUCGCUGAAGUCAAAGGUGAAAUUUGGGAAGGGGAAGAGUGUGGCUGGGAGAGACGAAAACUCGCCGGAGUAUUACGAACAGGAAUUACACGAUUCGCAUAUCAAGGAUAUGGCCUCGGAUUUGGUAAACAUUCUUCUAUCGGGGACACCAGCGGCGCUUUUUGCAGGCUCGCAAUUUCUGAGGGAUAAUAAUGGCCACAGACGGGCGCCCAUCUUGCUACCAAUGUUGUACGUUAAACUGAGUCCCGUGGCAAAUAUCAACGCUUUACUGAAUGCAGAACCACAGGAAAAUGAUGAAUUCAGCCUGACAAGGGUGUCUACUGCAAGAAGUGUUCACAGUAUCAAAUCCAACUCAAGCGCGCUGAGCAAAAUCAGACACCAUCAAUUUCGCAGCAAGCUGUUGUUUGAGAUUACCUUGGAGUAUGGGGUCGGGGAAUUUAACUACAGGUGGACAGUAUGCAAAACGUACGGGGAAAUAGAACAACUGCAUCAUAGAAUGAAAUUGUUGGUAUACCAGAAAGAUGCACUUAAUAUUUUGUCAAUCGACAACAGCAGUCACUCCAAGUUGAUUCUACCGCAGUUCCCCAAAAAAAGAACAAAUGAGGAUGGGGCUGGGGCUGGGAACCACUCCGGGCGGAGGAACUCUACUGUUUCUGCCUCGUCAAGUGAAUUGAGCACCCAUUUCACCCUUAAGAACACCAAGAUGAAGCAACUACAGGACUUGAUCGACGCCCCUGACGAUCGAACUCAACCACUGCAUAUUCGUCUUGAAAAAUAUUUGCGGCUUCUAAACGCAGCCUUGUCCUUGCGUCCACAUGCGAACCGUUUAUUUGAGUUUUACGAGUUCUCAAUCUUGGGUUACUACCUAUCGUACGAAACUGGCUACAAGGGGAAGGAGGGCCAUUUGGUCAUCAGAUCGAGUGCUAAGGCACAAGGCUGGAACGUCUCACACUUUAGAAGAAACGAUUUGAGAGCAAUGAUCUCAAGACACACACCCAAGUGGUUCCUUGUGAGAGACUCGUACCUCACGUACGUAUCCGAUAUUGCAUCGAACACCCCACUGGACGUCUUCAUGGUGGACUCCUUUUUUGAACUGAGCCAUUCUGGGCACGACAAAAGUAAUCCACAUACUAAACACCCUGACUAUGGUGGAGACAAUGACCAAAACUUUGAGGAUUCGAACGCCUUUUCUACGAAACUAUUCAUCAAUAUAAAGAAUGGAGAAAGGAAAAUGAGACUUAUUUGUAAAAGCGAGUUUCAAAUGAAGCAAUGGGUGAAAUCAUUAGACUACAUGUUAAAGUCCUCGGUUUGGGCGGGCCCUAAACGAUUUGACAGCUUUGCACCGAUAAGAAAGAACGUUUUCGCUAAAUACCUGGUUGACGGGAGAGACUAUUUUUGGUCACUAAGCGAAAUGUUGUUACUGGCUGAAGAUACUAUUUUUAUUCAUGAUUGGUGGCUUUCUCCGGAACUGUAUAUGAGACGGCCUGUGGAUGGUAAUCAGGAAUAUCGAAUUGACAGAAUCUUGAAAAAAAAGGCAGAAGAGGGAGUAAAAAUCUUCAUCAUCAUCUAUAGAAAUGUUGCUAAUACGGUCGGUACGGAUAGUUUGUGGACAAAACACUCCUUUUUAGGCUUACACAAAAAUAUUCACCUGAUUAGAUCACCUAACCAGUGGCUCCAGAACACAUAUUUUUGGGCACAUCACGAGAAGUUUACAGUGAUCGACAACACUGUUGCAUUUAUGGGGGGCAUUGAUCUUUGCUUUGGACGUUACGAUACCCCUGAUCAUGUUCUAAGGGACGAUUACGAAGAUAUAAGAGAUCAGGUUUUCCCAGGAAAGGAUUAUUCUAACGCUCGGGUGUGUGAUUUCUUUGAACUAAACAAACCGUUCGAAUCAAUGUACGACCGCAAUGUGCUCCCAAGAAUGCCGUGGCAUGAUGUACACAUGAUGAUGAUUGGGGAUCCAGGCAGAGAUUUGGCUCGUCAUUUUGUUCAAAGGUGGAACUACUUGCUAAGGGAGAAAAGACCCAGCAGGGCGACACCGCUGUUGCUUCCACCAGUGGAUUUCACUAAAGAAGAGCUAUGUAAUUCUGAUCUGUUCAAACGCUUGAAACCACGUUCAACCUGCGAAAUCCAGAUAUUGCGGAGCGCUGGCGAUUGGUCACUUGGCUUGAAACAAACUGAAAAGUCGAUUCAGAACGCAUACCUCAAAUUAAUCUCCGAGAGUCAACACUACAUAUACAUUGAAAACCAAUUUUUUAUCACCACAUCCAAUUGGGAUGGAAUAGUGGUUGAGAAUAAGAUCGGAGACGCAAUAGUUGACAGAAUCAUCAGAGCAGAUACCGAAGGAACGAAUUGGAAGGCAUUCGUGUUGAUGCCAUUAAUGCCAGGGUUUAAUCUUCCUGUGGAUGAACCAGGGGCAUCUAGUAUGAGAUCUAUCAUGCAAUUCCAAUAUCAAAGUAUCUCUAGAGGAGAUUCAUCAAUAUUCAGUAGAUUGAAAAAACUGGGUAUAAAUCCGCUAAAGUACAUCCAAUUCUUCUCUCUCAGAAAGUGGUCGACGAUUGGUCCGCAAGACAAGUUAGUGACUGAGCAGCUCUACGUCCACGCCAAACUUCUAAUCGCAGAUGACAGAAAUUGUAUCAUUGGUAGUGCCAACAUCAAUGAAAGAUCGCAGUUAGGUAAUAGAGAUAGUGAGGUUGCAGCUAUCAUCCGCGAUACGGAUAUGGUUAGGUCUAGGAUGGACAAUAAACCGUACUUAGCAGGAAGGUUUGCUUUUGAAUUAAGACAGAAACUGAUGCGAGAGCAUUUGGGCUGUGACGUUGAUAUGGUAGAACUUAUCGAGAGGAAAUUCAAUAAGUUAACGGUAACUGCAACGCGGGACUAUAAGACGCUGAACACAUUGCCUGAUGAGAUAAAGAGUGCAAAGAAACAGCUCAACUCCGCUAAAAUUGAAAUAGCUUAUAGAGAAGUAUUUCACUGUGACUACAGCGAUUCCUGGGAGAAAAAAUACUCAAAAGGCGAUAAGAAGGAUGAAUUGACCACCUUUGGAAUACAUGAAUCCUCAAAGCAGGAAACAGACCACAAAGAUGAGACUGAAGAUGUUUAUGGCAAUAAUUUGCAAAAAAAGCACAAAAGAGGCGAUAAGAUGUCUUUUUUGCCAUCAUCAACACUUAGAAAAAAAAGUUUACAUACAUUUAAUUACCGGGCAGGUAUUGAUAACACCGGGAUCAAAAGUGAUAAAAAUAUUAGUGUAGAUCCUAGGUUACAAAACAACGAAAAACAUGUCUCUGAAGUGGCCGGAUCUGGACCUGAUAAAUGGAACGAUGUUACUCCAGAGUAUAAAGAAUCCGUGAGCGAACAAAUCCAAAUUUGGGCUAAAAACGUUUUCUCGUUCAAAAAGGAUGACAACGACGAAGAGCACUCUAAGACCACUUUUUUACCUUUCAAAGAGGACUUAGAGGCAUACAUCUUUAAUGAUAAAGUUUCUGACUAUAAAAAAUGGGAUAUGUUAAAACGGGUUCAUUAUUUGCAGCAUUUAGAUUAUAAAGUGAAGAAAUCAAGAACAACUAACGAGGCAAGCACCCAUAAAUCGAUACACGAAGGACGAACACGGGAUAAGAGGACAUCUGGAUCGAAACAAACCCCUUCCAACUUAUCCCACGGACCCAGGAUGAAUGACAAUGAAAUCAAUAAUUUAAUCAACCGAUUAGCACCCAAGUUUGUCUACGAAGAAAAACGGGAAGAUGUCGUCGCUGAAAAUGGGACCAAGAAACUAAAGACGUUAAACUUCAUUGAUCCAUAUUCCUUUGAAGACCCAAUAUCGACAGAUUUUUUCGAAGACGUGUGGUUUUAUACAGCGAUGAAGAAUACAACCCUUUACAAAACAGUUUUCCAUUGUCAGCCAGACAAUACAGUACAGACAUGGGACGACUACAAAGAAUUUAUUAAACUUUAUGACAAGUUCAACUUGAAACAGGGACAAGGACCGGUAGAGGAAAUGAAGCCCCAGAUUGGGGUGAAUGUCCAGCAAAAUAAAUCUGGUACUCAUACCGUCUCAAAUGACGGAACGUCGAAUGAAGACACGCUACUGUCCCCUAGAUCUGGCCCCCACGACAGCCAUAGUGCGCUCAAAGAUAUAACGUCAAAGGCAAGUUCCAGGGAAAAUGAGAAGCCUAGUGAUGCCGGAAAAGAAAAGCAGGAUUCAGUGACACAUUACAACCUUCCUUCGUACCAAAGAGGUAACAUUAUGUUUGGUGUUUCCGAUCACGUAUACGACAAACAAACGGCGCACAAACUCUUAGAAGGAAUUCACGGGCAUUUAGUGAUAUUUCCGACUGAAUGGCUAUCAAAAGAGAUCGAUUCGAAUAACUGGUUUUACAACUCAGAUAGGGUACUCCCAAUGUAUCUGUUCAACUAG